AGCCGCUGCUUCCAUCCCGAAGUCUUGAAGGAACACGCGUGCCUGUAACUGGUGGGCCAGCGGGAACGGCAUGGAACCGGAACUUGAACGGGAGCCUUUGCCAAGCUUUACAGCCAAAGAUGUUCAAGAUGCUUAUGACAGCUGGGAGACCAAGUCACGAGAUGACAAGAUGCAUUUCCUGCUGUCGAUCCCAAUGCGGAAGGACAGCAACCUCAAGCAGAAUGAAGCGGCAAUGCGAGCUAUCCUGGUCAAGGCCGAAACAGACACGGAUGAAUGGGUGCAGCGACUUGCCUUGCUGCUGGCAAGUGUGGUAGGCACGACCACUGUCUCAAGUUCAGAGGUUGACAAACAAUUUAUGUGGGAACUUUCGCGAGAUGUAAGACAACUACGGGUGCGCGAGAAUCUACUCUUUCCAGAGGCACUUGAGUACGUCACUCCUGACGAAGCAGAGGAGGAGUUGUACCAAAGGCAGUGCAGCUCCCCUCUGGCUCCUGCAGCACAGCGUGAUACAGAGGGAGUCACUGAGGAUCCAGAGGAAACCAUCCGGUGGCUCAUGGAAGAAGCUGAUGCCCAAGUUGCGGCGAUCAAAGCAGCAGAGGCAGCGGAGAAUGCGGAGUUCGAAAAGAAGUCAGGAAAAGAAGAGCCAGCAGAAAAGAGGCAACGCACGGAUCCCUUCCAGACCUGGGGGGAAGUUUCUAGGCCACAAGCUGCCAGAGCUUCAUCUUCCUCAGGAGCAUCUUAUGCAAUGAAUACCUUCACAGCGGCUGAUAUUCGCGAAAAAUGGCAGAGGGACAAGAAAUGAGCGAAAAAUCAUA